AUGUCUCAAAUCGCUGUGUGGAUCACCUAUCGCAGUGGGAGUGGAAGCUGCAAUUUCAAAGAAAACCCGGAUUCUGAUCUGGUUCUUAUCGACGAGCAUAUCACUCAACAGUGUCUCGAGUGUCAACCCGAGAGCGAAAGCGAUAUUGUAGGCGAAUGGCGAUGCCAAUCAAGAUUUCGAAAGACAACCAAUCACGUUCAUCUAGAGCCUCAUGGACCGGACCCUGAAAGUGUGUUGUCGAGUUCCUUGCUUUUGAACGUCGGUGAGUCCGGCGACGCCGGUGCUGGAAGUCACUGA